CUGUUCUUUGUCCAAUCUCUUGUCCCAUGACCAUGAAUGACAACAAAGAAAUAGGGAAAGGCUAAUGUAAACAGGAACAGGGUGUUUCAACUCCUAUAAAGAAGCUGAAUAAACCACAUUUCCUAACUUGUACCUCUGAUUCAGACCUUGGCAAAGCAAUGGAAGACCAAUGCAGUCCACUCAGCUGGGGAUAUUGGUAUGGGGAAGAGGGAAUGGAAGAGUUAAAGCAUACUCUCUUGUUUACAACCUUGGAGCUAGAGACAACACUGAUAUCAGCUAAAGAGGAGAUCACUAGAAGAGAGCUUGAAUUGAUUCAUCUCAAGGAUGUUCUUAUCAAGACACUGAAAGAGAGAGAUGAAGCUCAAGCUAGAUGCCAGAAGAUGAUGUUGGAGAAAUUCAUACUUCAGCAACAACUGCAACAGAAAGAGCAUACGCAUCAACAACAGCAGCAAGAAACUGCUUCACUUUCUGGGGUUUCUAGUAGCAGUGAAGAUGAAUCUAAACCUGGUGACUCCAACAACCAUAACUCAAGUUCUGAUAGCAAUAGAAGCAAGAUUUCAUCCCCAAGUUUAGACUCAAUUCUCCCUGUUGUGCAUCUGCCAUUACAACCAAAAUCACCACUUCCACAAGAGGCCUCGAAACUAGCAGCUAACAGGCCACUUCCAGAGAAAGGAAAGCUGCUGCAGGCAGUGAAGGACGCCGGUCCACUCCUGCAGAACCUUCUCUUGGCCGGACCACUUCCUCAAUGGCAGCAUCCUCCUCCCCAACUUACCUCCAUUGACAUCCCACCUGUGGCGAUAUCUUCCUCCACGCAGCAUCUCUUAAACCAAGACUCUGUCAACAAUCUUAAUGGUUGUUCAAGCAAGAAGAGGGGUCCAGAGAACUAUGAAGGCUCCGAUUCUUCUCCUAACACCAAGUACCAGAAGGUUGUUCUCCAUUGAACAAUACCAAUUGCAUCAAUCAAUUCUCAAAUAUGCCAUCAUUUUCAUGCUGUUCACAUUAAAAAAAAAAAGAAGGGUAAACCAGCAUGAAUUAGAUGGCCAUUUAUGUGCCAAUUCAGAAUUUUGUACACUAGUUUUUGCCUUAGGAAUCCAAUAUCCUGACUACCCUCCAAAUUCCAAUGUUGGAUGGAGACUUGAAAUGUCUUUAAUUUAUGCAAGACUUUCCUAAUUAUGUAUAUGAAUGGAAUCCGAAAUGAAGUUCCAAAUUU